AAUUUAUCAUGUUGGCAGCACUGAUUUCGCGAAAUGCACGACGCCUCGGAUUGGAAUAUUUCUUUGAAAUUUUGUGAUAAAAAUUAUAAUAAAUACAAGUGGCUAUUGCAUUAUAAACUACCCCAAAUCGUAGUAACUACUCACAUAGACAUUUCGUGAUAAUUAGUGACGGUGGGAAGUGACAAACAAAGAAGUGUAGUGCGUCGAAAUUGAAACAUGGUGCCGUUAGGACCCGGCCCGGGGCAUCCUGCUGCACAUCAACCGCACGGAGGGUCUUCCUCUAAUUUAUCGGGUCCUACAUCACUCUCUCAAAGUGCUCCGCAGUCAAAUAAAUCUUCAGCAGCUAAACCCAAUUAUACAUUGAAAUUCACCCUCGCUGGUCACACAAAGGCUGUAUCGUCUGUCAAAUUCAGUCCAAAUGGAGAGUGGCUGGCCAGUUCUUCUGCCGACAAACUUAUCAAAGUGUGGGGAGCGUACGAUGGCAAGUUUGAGAAGACAAUUGCAGGACACAAGAUGGGAAUCAGUGAUGUGGCCUGGUCCUCCGACAGUAGACUGAUAGUCAGUGCAAGUGAUGAUAAAACUUUAAAGGUAUGGGAAUUAAGUUCAGGCAAAUGUUUAAAGACUCUCAAGGGCCAUAGUAAUUACGUAUUCUGCUGUAAUUUCAACCCACAAAGUAACCUGAUUGUGUCGGGCAGUUUUGACGAGAGUGUCAGGAUAUGGGACGUACGGACUGGUAAAUGUUUAAAGACUCUGCCUGCACACUCAGAUCCUGUGUCAGCCGUACAUUUCAACAGGGAUGGAAGUCUCAUAGUUUCAUCUAGUUAUGACGGCUUAUGUCGAAUCUGGGACACAGCGUCGGGCCAGUGUUUGAAAACGCUGAUCGACGACGACAACCCGCCGGUCUCCUUCGUGAAGUUCUCGCCCAACGGCAAGUACAUCCUCGCGGCGACGCUGGACAACACUCUCAAACUGUGGGACUACAGCCGAGGGAAGUGCCUCAAGACUUACACCGGACAUAAAAACGAGAAAUACUGCAUCUUUGCCAACUUCAGUGUUACUGGCGGAAAGUGGAUCGUGUCGGGCUCGGAGGACAACCUGGUGUACAUCUGGAACCUGCAGUCGAAGGAGAUCGUGCAGCGGCUGUCGGGCCACACGGACACGGUGCUGUGCACGGCGUGCCACCCCACCGAGAACAUCGUCGCGUCCGCCGCGCUCGAGAACGACAAGACCAUCAAGCUUUGGAAGAGCGAUACUUAAUACCCGUGUUUCUGGCUACAAUACGCCGCGGCGUCGCUGGGAACACGGCUCACUUCGCGGGCCGCAGUGCUCGCGGCUCCAGAAUACUUACCGUUGAUUGAUACCAGAGUUUAUGGUACGCGCAAUGCCAACCAAUUUUAUUUUGUCUAGACUUAGUCAAUCACAGUGACAUUGUGUUAAUUUUCGGUUGUAUUUAAGGAUUUUAAUAGGGCUUAAAUCAAAAGGUACCAACAGUUUAGGGGUGAUAGUAUUCAAUGCGGAACUGGCCCGCGUCCAUAAAUGAUUAAUUGGAAUGUUGUAAAAUAUACAUUUUGUAUGUUAAGAUUUAUAAUUAUGCUUUAACUAUUGAGACAAAGAUUCUUUGAGUGAUGAUGGAUGUUUUUCGUAUAAUUCGUUAGCUGUAAGUCGUAAAGUUUGUUAGAGAAUCUAUAUUUUUCUACAUUUUUAAUGUCUUAAAAUAUUGCAUUGUUUGUGAAUGGAUAACAUAGUACAAAAUUUGAAUCUUUAUAAGUUCCGGUGCCGAUCAUAUUUUGUAUUAUAAAUGAUGAGUAAAAUACGCAUUGUUUAAUGGAUACUAUCUACCCCGCAGUUUUUGAUUUUUAGCCUGUACAUACGUUUGUAUCUGACAUACCUAAUAAGGAUACAUCAAAUAUGAAUUGUUUUUUUUAGCAUUUAUGUUUCGGUUAAGAAUGCGUUUGUAAGAAUUCAGCUUAUAAAUAAGAAUAACUUUGUUGGAUGCAAUUAAAAUUUAGUUAUGUAAGAA